AUGGAAUAUUUACUUCCGGUCGGUCAUACCAAUAAAGGCGCCACUGCCGUUUCCCCCACUGUCACCACCUCCAAUCCUCGGACUUGUCUGCUCCCUCGGACAUAUCAAGAUAUGCCCCAACUUCCGUCGGUGUUCGAAUUGAUGGUAACCACCCAACAACAACCGGCUCCUCAUUCCGGUCAUAAAUCACCCAUUGCCCCCGGAAAUGAUCCAAGAACACCGGAAGUUAAUUCUCUUCCUCGACUCGAACAAUAUCAACCGCCACCAACUACAUCACCUUCCGACCAAAUUUUGCCAGUACCCCACGCAACUCAGCAUCACCGAAGGCUGGAACCCUCGGCAGAUUACUUUAGUCUCCCACCAUCUAGGAAAACCGGUCCUCAAGUUGCGCCCGUGCAGCAUUACCCCCAUCAACCGCGAUCGUCGAUCAGUUCGUCGAUCGAACUGCUUUCUCGAAAUCCAUCGGCGACCCUGAUUACCCCCGGUUCGUAUAACACAUCGCCCAACUUUGGCCCCGCCAUGGUGCUGCCGCGUCUGAUCCCGGCGCAUGCCCCUCCUACUUCGCACGGCCAACAAGGCCCGCAUAUCCCACAAGGCCCACAGGGCCCACACAGUGCUCCGCAUACUGGCCAGCAUACUGGCCCGCAUAGCGCUCCUAAUACCUACAUGACUGCUUACGCAUAUCCCCCACCUCCUAAUGGGCCCGGCCUCGAUUAUAGCGGCGCACCUCCACAUAUGGCACAUCCCCACUUUCCUCCCACAGGACCCUACCCACCUCCUUAUCCCCAGUAUUACUUUGGAGCCCCUCAUUUUCAGGAUAAUACCACAAAAAUUUGGGGGGCUCCUCCACUGCAUGUGCUCGGAUCUUUUGACGAGAACAAUGCAUUAAUCAAUCGUCGCCGCAUAAUAAAGCGUCGGACCAGAACCGGAUGUUUGACGUGCCGCAAGCGACGCAUAAAAUGUGAUGAAAGAAAACCUCACUGUUUUAAUUGUGAAAGGUCGAAAAAAGUAUGUUUGGGUUACGAAUGUACCAAUCAAAAGACCAAGAAACGAGACCAUGAAUCUGAUACAAAAUUAGAGGAGACUACUCCUCUGCCUAAUCUCGAGCAGGGCUCGAAGUCUCAUAGAGUAUCGGUUCAUGAUCUUACUAAUUAG